AUGGCUGACAUUAUUUCAAAUGAUGUAGAAUAUCUUAACGAGUUACCUUUAAACAAGCUUUUAAGUAUGAAGAAUUCAUUAAAGGAACUCGUAACUACUGAAUAUGAAAAUGAGACGAAGACAACUACACCAUCGUACUUGCAAAGAUUCGGGGCUCAGGCUAUGGCCAUUCAGGCGCAGCCUCCUAUCAAGCGAGGAGAUUACGAAGAAGCAUUGUAUAAGAAAGGAGAGAGCAAGAUUAGUAAUAUAUUUUCGAUGUCAGUGACAACACUUGCGUUCUUAGCCUUCGGUGGCUACCUUCUGUGUUUAAUAGUGCAAGCAGUGAAGGCAAAGCAGAAUGGCAUAGUAACGACUCCUACGCAACCUACAUUUUUCGUCAGUGCAGCAGGUAUUAAAAAGAAGCCGCAGUCACAAUUCGCGUCAUACGGAAGAAAACGAAGAGAGAACAGGCUGAGAAGAAGUUUGAAAAUGCUAGAUGUACCUCCAGAGCAACUCUUUACGGCUUUAUUGCAAGUGUGUGAAAGUUUUGCUAAAUGGAGUGACCAACAAGAGUAUAUAAAUACUUGGUAA